UAUAGCACUUAUUUACGUUGUUCCAUGUUUACUUACGAAAAACUUGAAAAAUAUCAAAUAAAAUUAUUCUUCAGUGUUCUUCUUACAUAAGUUUGUUCCGGCUCACAUGAACUACAUAAAAAAUGCGUGCGUGCCAUAGGAAAUGUUCUCAUAGGUACCAUUUGUAAGACUUCGUUGGCAGUUCAAAAAUGAGUGGACAGACCGAAGAAGACAGCAAAGCUGCAGAUGACUCUAUCACAGAUGUGCGGUAUAAUUUCUGCAAGGACUGGGUCGAGAAGCAGAAUAGUGAAUGCGCGAAAAAGUCCCAGCAGAAUAAGAAUGAUAUCCAGUUUAUAAUACAAAACAAUGCUGACAGGAAGAAGUUUUUGUUGUCAGCCGCCGAGGAUGAUGCUACUGUGCCGAACGGCGUUGGGGAACCUUCGGUGGAGCCAAAGGCUGUGAAACUACAAAAGCUGCGAACCAAAGAUGUGCGCAUGGAAUGUGGAUGGUUGUCCUGUAAUCAUGUUACGGAGGAUUACAAGGAAUUCCAAGACCAUUGCCGUAACCACAUUUCGGACCUGCAAGUGUCUGAGGAGGAUGGUAAAGUAAUCUACUCCUGCCUCUGGGACUCCUGUAAACACAGCAACACAGAUUUCGACGAGAUGUGUCGCCACAUGAACUACCACGCGUACCACGGCCGCCUGCUUGGCAUCGGCUUCAACGCGCAAGCCACUCUCAAGUUGGCGUGCUGUAAAAAAGACUCCAGCUUGAGGAACAAGCUGCCGGUGCUCAAGGAGGACUUCUGCUGUCUGUGGGUCCGGUGCGGAAGCAAGUUUAAGUCUAUGCAGGCUUUCCUAGAUCAUGUGGCUCUCCACACCCACUACGCCCCUCGCCUCACCUGCUCGUGGGCAGGCUGUGGUGCUACCUUCCCGCGCGCCGUGUUACUAACAACCCACGUGCGCUCACAUACAGGCGAGCGUCUGUUGGCGUGCUACCAUUGCGGGCGGCACUUCGCGACCAAUAGAAAGAUCGUGGACCAUCGCACGAGGCAGAACGUCCACCCCUCAAGCGAGCACACCUGCUCCGUCUGCAGUUUCUCCUACGCCACAGCGUACCUGCUCCGCCAGCAUACGCGCCAGCACAUCUCCCAGCACGCGUGCACGCUGUGCGACAUGUCGGCGCCCACGCUCGCCACGCUGGCUCAGCACGUGCGCUACAGACACCUGCCCGACCACUGCCGCACGCACAAGUGCCCGACCUGCGAACAUAAGGCUAUAACAAAAUCCGAUCUCCGCAAGCACAUAGAGACGCACACAAAGAAACGCAAGAAAGAAGACAGCGACAUAUCGGACGAGGAACAAGGACAGAAGAAGAGGAAGCGAUACGCGUGCCAUAUGUGCGAGAAGGACAAAGUGUUUUCCAGAGGCAGUCGGCUGACGACGCAUCUGGUUAAAGUGCAUGGCGUGCAGUGGCCGUUCGGGCAUAGUAGGUUUAGAUACCAAAUAAGCGAAGACGGCAUGUACCGCCUAACAACAACCCGAUACGAGAUUCUAGAGGUCUCAAAGCAAAUAGUCGACGGUUACAGCGGCCCGAAAGACUCCCUUUCAAACACUUUCGAGUUCAAUCUCGAACAGAAAUCGAAGCCCACUCUCACGACGCCCACGAGUUUCGAGAUCUCGCUGAAGGGCGCGAGCAGUGAGCGCCGCGACGCGAGCGCCGUCGAGAUCACGAUGUGCGACGUGGACGAGCAGGGGAACAUUAUAUGCUCGGAGGUCAUCCGGGACGUGCUGCUGAGGGAUGUGCAAAUAGGAUAGAUUUAGUUUUAAUAGCGCUCUAAAGUAGAAAAAAGGCUAGUGUCUUAAUUAUACUCUGGUACACAUAUUUUGUCAGAAGAAAGGCUAGUGUCUUAACUCUUAAUUAUACUCUGGCAAACAUUUUGUCAGUAGAAAAAGUAAAAAAAAAAA